UUGGAAGAAAAGGGGGCGUGUCUACUUCCUGCAACAAUUGGGGAUAAUCUACUCGUUGAAUUUCGAGAACUUUUUGUUGUGACCUACUUUUCAGAUGCCAUAUCUCGAAAACGGAUCCAGUUCAACAUGUACAAUCCAGAUUCACCUAUCAUUACAUUGGAAAUGCUCCAUGAUGCGAGGCAUGUUGUAGAGAACACAUCAUAUUGUAAGCGUACACCCAUGUUACAUGGCAUGCAGAAUCUAUUGGGAUUUGAUGAGUCAAUUGACCUGUAUCUUAAGAUGGAAGGCAUGCAAACCAUGGGUUCAUUCAAAGUAAGAGGGAUUGCUAACCAGAUAAAACACCUGCCAUCAUCUGUUGAAGAAAAUAGAAAAACAAUUGUGACGAUGUCUGCAGGAAAUUAUGGGAAAGCAUUUGCAUAUGUGAUGCAGUUGAUUGGCCAGAAAGGUCUUUGUGUGAUGCCUGAGACAGCUCCAUUAAAUAGGUCAGAACUGAUUAAGAGUUUUGGCACAGAUGUAGAAAGACUUCCAUCAGCAGAACUUCAGCCCAAGGUUGACCAGCAUGUAUCUGAGGAGGGCAUGCAUCUGUUCCAUUCCUUUGAUGAUGUCAAGCUUAUUGCGGGACAUGGCAGUGCUGGUUUUGAGAUCAUUGAAGAUUGUCCGAACCCAGAUGUGGUCUUAGUUUGCUGUGGGGGUGGAGGUUUAGUGGCUGGAAUAGCUGCUGCUAUCAAACUGUCAGGCUGUCGAAACACAAGAGUGUAUGGGGUUGAACCAGAAGGAGCACCCACAAUGUUUGAAAGCUACAAAGCAGGCCAUCCUGUCAGUUGGAAAGUGAAGACCAUUGCAGCUGGUCUGGCACCUCCUUAUGCAGGACCUAAUACAUAUAGAAACUGCAAACAAUAUGUAGAUGAUAUCAUACUAGUGUCAGACUCAGAGAUUAAAACUGCUGUAAAAACUCUAUAUGAUAAAGGAAUAGUUGCCGAGCCCUCAGGUAGUGCUGCUUUUGCCGCCCUCUGUCAUGAUAAAGUGCCUGAUGUGAAGGGUAAAAAGGUGGUGUGUGUUAUCACUGGGAGCAAUGUGUCACCAGAGGAACUUGUGGAGCUUAUGAAGUAGCACCAGAUAGUUUCUACCUAAAAUCCUAGGGUGUCAUGUUUUAAAAUGCAAAAUUGAGUUAAGAAAUUAAAAUAACAAGGGAUAAAGUAAACAGACAUUUAGUCUACAGUUUAAAUUGUCAAGAAAAAGUUGAUGAAAAUGAAAUAGUCUCCACAUACUCUAAAAAUAAAUGACUUUGAAUAAGUAUGAGCAGAUGGUCAUUUCAAAUAUGGUUCGAAACGACUUUUUAAUCAUUCUGAUUUAAUCAUUCUGAUAAAAAAUAACUUGAGGUGUUUAAGGUAGGCAGGGUGUGCCAACUUUGUUACCUGUUUGUUUAUGACAUCAGUAUAUACGAUUACAUGUAACUGCUCCAUAUUAAAAGAUGGAUUAAUAUUAUCCCAUCGAACGAAGUUCAAGGGGGAUACAGGAAAGCUGUCUGUGAGGAAUCUGCUUUUAUGUAGCCUAGUCACAAGCCUGAGGAACCUGCUUUUAUAUAUGAUGUGGAUUUUUAAAUCAUAUCUCUUGAAAGCCCAUGGUAUAAGUUAAAACAUAUGAUUAAUUAA